AUGUCGACCGAUAUUAUAACCAGAGGCGAGAUGGACAAGCUCCGCGAGAAGGAGGUUGCUCAACCUUGGCAAGUGAUGGAUGGUUAUGAGUUUGUUAUCCCUGAAAAUUGGGAGACUAAUUUCGAAUGGAUGGGUGUUCUUUCCGUAGCACCGGCUUGCAUUCAGCUGCUGGCCAUGUGUGCUGCCGUCGCCGCAAGACCUGAAGCCUCAGGAUUAGAGCUAUAUCAUAAUCCGGACUUUCAGAACGAUUCUCUUCAAGGCGCCCUGGUUCAAGUUGGUAACGUUGGUCGAACUGCUUUUGGCAAUGCUUUCGAGCACAUGGAAAAUAUCCACCAGAAAUCUGACGCCGUCGAGGAUCUGACACUCUCCCGUCAGAAUACCAACGUAGGAGUAGAGCUAAAGACGCUUAAGGAAUUGUCUGAAAAUUGCCUCAAAUCUGCUGAAGGGAUGCUCAAGGACUUUGUGAACUGGGAAGGGAUUGUCAAGGACCUUCAUCAGGCAUGUGAAGACCGAGACCAGGGAGCCACGCGAGCCAUUCUGGAAAACGAGAAGGAAGCCAUUCUAAAUAAAGCACGCAAAGAGCACUACGAGAGAGAGGAGGCCCGGAUGAAGUUAGAGCUGGAAAGCAAGAAGGAAGAAGUUGCUGAAUUGAAAGAAAGUCUCGACAGAGAAUUGAAAGAUUUUCCUCGUGGUACUAAUAUUUGCUCACAGUAUGAACUUGCAAAGAUGGACAUCUUCAAAAGUCUCGCUGACAGUGUGACUGGACUUUUCACGGCACUGGGCAAUGUUGGGUCUGCAGUUGCGAUGGUCAAAAGUGGUGCCGUCUUUGCCCAUGCUGCCAACGGAUUUCUGGAUGCUGCUAAUUCCUUGAGCCAGAUACAGGCAGAAAAGGAUGACAAGGAAGAAACCAAGGCUAAGAGUAGUCUUGGGGACGAAAAAGCCCAUCUUCAAGCUGGAUUGAUUAGGAAUGCCCUGGAACAGCUUGAAGGUCUUUUAAAAGGCGACGACAAGGAUGGGAUCCAAUGGAACUUGGUAACUGGCGUGGGAGACAGUGAAAAGGCUGCAGCGCGAGACGGGAGACAGUGGGACUUGGUGAUUGUGAAUAAAAUGCUCAACAUGAACAGCGAAAUCUUGAAAAAAUCAAGUGAUAAGAAAAACUCUAAGACAGGAAAGAAAUUGCUUCGUGCAAUUGAUACAGUGGAUCCGGUACUUGACGACCUCGAAAAAUUGGCCAGAAGUGCAAAGACGGUGGGCAAGGACUGGGAGCAGCCCACGGAAAAGCAAAUUAAGAAGUGGCUUGAUAUAGUGGAAGAAGGUUUGGCCGCUGUCCAGAAGAUUGAAGUCGCCCGGAAAGGAUCCAAACAAGCCUCUCGGCCCGCUAUGUCCCCAGUUAACCUGGCUCUCGCAUCGCCACCUGCCGUAGCCGGACAGAGUGUGAGUCAACAUGUCGUGUCGGCCCAUCGCUUCUUGGUAGAGACCGCAAGAGAGGGGCACACAACCGCCAAAAUCGCGCUCGAUCAAAUGAAGAGAGACCUUGCAGAACUGCAAUCCAACGUCAGCGAGAUCACAUCCAAGGGGCAGAAUCUUGCCGGAACAAAAUUGACACUGAAAGAUAUUAAGGAAGUCCUGAACGACUGCAUAGACUACGUCAUAACGUUGAAGGAUCACAUUACGCGCAUGCUGAUCUUUUUCCGCACGUUCAAAACCAGAGUGGACACUGUGAUGAUGUCCCAAAUUUCACCAUUCACAGGGAGGGUCGAGCAUAUCAUCGAUAAUCACAAAUUGAUGUUCGAUCUCAUCCUUCUGCAAACAAACGCAAUUCAAAUAUGGGCCAGUUUCGAGCAAUUCAAAGAUAUUGCCAAAAUGUACAAGGACAUUUACACCCCUCAUCUGAUCGAUGGUCUUCAUAUCGUCGAUCUCAUGACCCGACUACCAGAGGGGUCGGAUUUUGCUAGUCAGUUGGGCAAGAUCGAGGAUUGGAAGAAGGGUGUUCAAGGCCAAGUGGACCAAAUUGUUGAGAAGCAAAUAACCGAUGUCAAGAGAAAGCUGAAUACGGAGGAAAAAGAAUUGCUCGAGAGUCGAUUCAAGUUCCCGGACCCUCCCAAACGACAGCAGCUGGCAAUUCAACAAGGGGCCGACGAAGCCAGAAAAGAGAUCGAUUCUAGGAUCGAGGAGGUGAACCCAGAGCUAAGAUACAUGGGGAAAAUUCACCAAGAUCAACCGAUUGAGGAGCUUAAGAAGGAUAUCGUGCGGCUUAAAUCCCCCAGCGAAUAUGUUGCGUCCAUGCGCCGCCCCAAGAGAGAUUGAGGAGCAAAAGGCCUUGUUAGAUUUCUGCUGGUAGAGAUAAUGGCAAUUUUGGGGCGACAAUGAAAAGAUUUUCACAUUUGAUCUGCUUCUAUAUUAUAACCUUAUCUGAACUACACUGCAGAAUUAGUUUUCUCUCAAAACUAUCUUUUCAAGAAAGCAUUGCAAGAUGUUCCGAAUCGAAUUUGUACCAAGACCGUUGUUUGUGAUUUGUAAUCGUAA